CCCUCCACAGUCCCAAUUACAUUUGUGUUGAGUUUCUUCUUCUGUUGCGUUGUGUGUGAGUGUGGGCACGGUAAGAUGCAGACCAUUGCUAGGCGCUUAGGGCAGCAAUCGCUGAGGCCAUCGACGUCGCUCAAGUCCAUCUAUCCAAUUUCCGAUCACCAUUAUGGAAUGGAUCACGAGCGUUACGUUUCUACCCUCGCCACCAAGGGAGUUGGUCACCUCGUUCGUAAGGGCACUGGUGGACGAUCCUCCGUCAGUGGCAUUAUUGCUACAGUAUUUGGGGCAACUGGAUUCUUAGGUCGUUAUGUUGUCCAACAACUUGCUAAAAUGGGAUCUCAAGUCCUAGUUCCUUUCCGAGGCUCUGAAGAUAAUCCCCGACAUCUCAAAUUGAUGGGGGAUUUGGGACAGAUUGUACCCAUGAAAUACAAUCCAAGGGAUGAAAGUUCAGUAAAAGCUGUGAUGGCUAAGGCCAAUGUUGUUAUCAACCUUAUUGGAAGGGAUUAUGAGACAAGAAACUACAGCUUUGAAGAAGUGCACUAUCACAUGGCUGAGCAACUAGCAAAGAUUUCCAAAGAGCAUGGUGGUAUCCUGAGAUUUAUUCAAGUUUCUUGUUUAGGUGCAUCUCCUUCAUCUCCAUCUAGGAUGCUCAGAACUAAAUCAGCUGCUGAGGAAAUGAUUUUAAGGGAACUACCUGAGGCCACAAUCUUGAAACCUGCUGUAAUGAUUGGUACAGAGGAUCGGAUUUUGAAUCCAUGGGCUCAUUUUGCUAAAAAGUAUGGCUUUCUUCCGUUGUUUGGAGAUGGGAGCACAAAGAUCCAACCUGUUUAUGUUAUUGAUGUUGCUGCUGCACUCACUUCACUCUUGAAGGAUGAUGGCACUAGCAUGGGAAAAAUUUAUGAACUGGGUGGUCCAGAGAUCUUUACUGUGCAUGAAUUGGCAGACGUUAUGUUUGAUACAAUUCGAGAAUGGCCUCGAUAUGUGAAGGUGCCUUUCCCCAUUGCAAAGGCAUUGGCAACACCAAGAGAAAUAUUACUAAACAAGGUCCCCUUUCCACUACCUGUUCCUGAGAUAUUAAAUCUGGAUAAGAUCCAGGCUUUGACUACAGAUACCGUUGUUUCAGAAAAUGCUUUGACUUUCAAUGAUCUUGGAAUUGUUCCUCACAAGCUGAAGGGAUACCCUAUUGAGUUUCUUAUCUCAUAUAGGAAAGGAGGCCCACAAUUUGGUUCUACUAUCAGUGAAAGGGUCACUCCAGAUUCUUGGCCGUAAGAUUCUUUGGAUGUUUGAUCCUGAAUCAUUUUUCUGUCUUGCUUGUACUACCACCAUUUAAUUUCACUAUUUAAAAAAAUCUGAAAUGCUUUUAUAUCUUCCUUUCAUAAUCUGUAGAAUGUGUGAUCAUGGUUGAUGAUGAUAAUAAAAUCCAGAUACUUGUUGAUUUCCGAACGUAGACGUCUUUGGAUCAAAUUCAAUGUCAUUCUAUACGAUAUAAAAAAAUGACACAUUUCCAA